AUGGUUCAUCAGAAACUAGGCUCCAGAAAAACAGCUAUGAUAUGCUGGGAGUUGAUGCUGAUUGGGAUGACAUCGGCAUACUUCUGUCAAACAGUGUUGGGGUUAUUAAUCACAUACGGAUUGGUGACAGGAUUGGCUUUAGGUCUUGCAUCAAAUGUAGCUGGAGUCGUCCCGGGAUAUUACUUUCUGAAAAGAAGACCUAUUGCUUUUGGAGUGUCCAUGGCCGGGAGUGGAGCUGGUCUCUUCACUGGGCCAUUGGUACGGUACCUCCUCGACCAAUACAACCUACAUGGAACACUUCUCAUCUUGGGCGGCAUCGGCUUCAACAUGUGCAUCGCUGGUGCCUUGUUACGACCGGUAAGGAACCAAGAACAAACCAAAUCCAUUGUCAGAAAGACAGAAGAAGAAGGUUGCCCACAACCUCAUCCAGAAGCGACCAGUCUCAUGAGACAGCCAGAAGAGAACAACGCAAUCAUCAGAUCUGUCCAAUCACCAGAUGAUGGACCCCCCGGAUCCAGCUGUAUGCUAGUCACGAUCCUCUCUGAAACCUGUACUUAUCCUCAAGUUACUGAGUGCACAUCGCGGAACAUACAUUUCAUUUGUGUCAAUAUUAUUCAAGGUGUUCACUGCCUUGUGUGCCCAAUAAAGAUGGCGACAAGAGACGUUGAUCGGGGGUACGCCUGGGUAGCGCUGGGGGCAGCCCUGAGUAUUCAGCUCGUGCAUGGAAUCAUCAUUUACUCAGCGGGAAUAUUUAACAUUGCUUUGAUGGAGGAAGUGGAGAGUGACAUCACUAAGGUGUCAUGGAUCGGGUCUACCCUCAUCGGGGCAUAUACAUUACUAGGACCAGUAGCUGGCAUGAUACAACAUAGGUUUGGGUCUAAACUAACAGCUCUUGCUGGAGGAUUACUGACUUUGUGUGGGAUGGGACUGGCGUUCUUUUGUCGCACAAUCACCGGAUUGAUUUUCACAUUUGGAUUCAUAACAGGUUUUGGAUUAUGCCUUGGAGCUAACGUGGUGGGUGUGGUACCCGGACAAUACUUUGAGAGGAAGAGGCCAGCUGCCUAUGGAGUGUGUAUUGCAGGAGGCGCUUUGGGUCUCUUUGCAUCUGGUCCUAUAGCAAGAUAUCUCCUGGAUGAAUAUAACCUUCGUGGAGCGUUGCUAAUUAUGGCUGGACUGUCAUUCCAUACAUGCAUCGCUGCAUCGUUAUUUAGAAAACCUACGAUAUCCGCCAACAGAGAAAUUACAAUGAUAAAGAAUGAUGACCAAGGCAAUGAUUUGGAACAUGGACCAAAGAAUGAUUCAGUUGAAACUGACCCAUUUCGUCAACCGGAUGAACUUACCUCUGAAACUCCUUGUCUUUCUGGAAACCAGACGGAAGAACACGGAGAUAAUGUCCAAACGACAAGCGACGAUCAUUCGAUAUUUUAUAAGACUUUCAAACUUAUAACUCACAAAUCGUUUUUUGUGUACAACUGCAGCAUCGUGCUAUGGUCAUUAGGAGAAGUUGCUGCAGUGUUCCAUUUGCCAAAUUAUGCCGAACAAAAAGGGAGCUCCCCCAAACAGGCUGCAAGCCUCUUAAGUGUUAUGGGUGCUGGAGAUUUCUUUUCAAGGAUAGUCAUUGGUUUUUUAGCUUCCGAUCCUAAUGUUGAAAUCACCGUAAUUCAGAUCGGCCUUGUAGGUGUCGCUGGACUAAUCACACUUUUGUUCCCACUCGUGUCCCAUUCAUACCGGUGGCAAAUAGCAUUCAGUUUCUUCUAUGGACUAUACAAUCAUGUGACAAAUGUAUUAAUGGGUCCCCUCGUAAUUGAACUGACAGGACUGUCAAAUGUUGCUCUUGGGUUUGGAAUAGUGUAUUUCUUCUGUGGAAUCGGAUACCUCACUGGCCCAGUCAUCGCAAGUUAUAUCUACCAGCGAACCGGAGUCUACGAUUAUACGUAUGUGUUUGCAGGUACAUGUUUGUUUCUUGGCUCGAUAUCGACUGCCGGGAUCAGUGUAUUUAAAACACGAGUAGACGAUUGAAAAGAGUUUGAGGUGAAAACAUACCUUGAAUAAACUUGAUUACAACAAA